AUUAGAGAGGCUUGUAGACUGCUUAAAGACUGAUGAAAGUAAAGUCACCAGAAUUGGAAACAUUGCUUACAUCAGUGAUGUUGAGUUUCGCAUAGCGAAUGGGAGCGAUGGAACUGAAGUCUUCUUGGGACUGAGAGAAAGUGAUGGCCAUGAAAUUGCAAUUAAGAGAAUGUCUCAAACCAACUAUCAAGUACUGAAGCAUGAGAUGGAACUUCUGCGACUUCCAAAACUGUACAAUAUCUUUGUUGUGAAAUAUAUUGACUUUGCAGAACAUGAGAAAUUUGGAUAUCUCUUUCUUGAACUUUGUGAAUACACCCUGGAAGAAUAUAUCAGAAGCAACGAUGUCAGUCUGCGAGAGAAAGAAAAACUUGUCUAUGACGUCCUUGAAAGUCUAAGGGCACUUCAUUGUAAAGAGCCACAAAUUCUCCACCGAGAUCUCAAACCACAAAAUGUUUUGAUCGAUGUGAACGGAAGGGCAAGAUUAGCUGAUUUUGGCAUAAGCAGACGUUUGCCCCAAGACCAAACUACUUGUCACACACGCAGUGCAGGAACAGUAGGCUGGAUGGCCACAGAGACUUUAGAAGAUGGUGACAUACGAUACAAAUCGAGCACAGAUAUACAGGUGGCAGGAAUGCUGAUUUAUUUCAUCCUGUCUGGUGGACACCAUCCUUUUGCUGGUAAUCGCUAUGAGCUCCUGUCAAACAUUCAAAAGGGGAAGUAUAAGUUGGACCACGUUCAAGAUGUGGUGGCAAAGGACCUCAUCGAGAAGAUGAUCGAUAAAGAUCCAAAGAACAGACCCAGAGUGGAAGAGUGCUUGAGUCAUCCCUUCUUCUGGACCAACACAAAGUAAAAUCUCUUUUGU